AUAACAUCCUUAUGUAGGCUUUUAAGAGAAACAGAAAACUAUGACACGAAAAAGGUCACUAUUUUGAAAAGAUGGAAUGAAAUGUGGUUGAAGCCUCAAUUAGUGGGCCUGUCAAAUGCACUAUGGUCAACAGAACAAAUAAACCCGUACUUUAUACUGCAAAUAAGAAAAAGUGAAACUGGAGGCAUCACCUCAAAAGUUUUAGGAACACUUGACAAUGUUCUGGACAGCAAGCCUUUUCUGUUUCGUAUCCUCCUGCAAGUAUCUGUGUCAGACGAAGGCAGUUAUCAGAUAUCAUGUGGAAGAAACCGAGAAGAAAUACACAAAGACUGGAUAUGGUUAACAAGAAACCUGAUUCCCGUUCUGGAAACUAUAGAAGAUCCUCACGACACAGCAGAGUUUGCUCGGGCUAAGAUUGAGAGUCUUCUCGCCCAACACCAACCCCAGGGAGAGGAAGCGAGUAAAGCGGAGGUCAAAUUCCAGAUGACUUCUGAAAAGUUUCACAAGAUAUUUGCUCUUACGGAGGAUGACAGAUUGGUCAACUAUUACUCUUGCAGCAUAUGGCAUGGUAAUUUCCCGAAGCAGGGCUGGCUCUACCUCUCGCUACGACAUCUCUCAUUUCACUCUUACUUCCUAGGUAAGACAGUUCAGCACUGUAUCCCCUGGACCGAACUAGUAGGAAUAGAGAAGAUAUCUGGAGGUUUCAAGAUACUAACCAGAACAGAACGACACGCUUUCCUCUUCUUCUUUAACUUGGAGGAAACUCUUCACUUAGUUCAGGAGUUGAGCAAGAUGGCAGUUAAGAGUUUGUUGAACGGAGUGGAAGAUAAGAAUGAUUAUUACAAGUUUGACGAGGAGAUCAUGAACAAUGAUAAAAACUACGUUAAGCAGUACAUUGACGCGAAAGCCCAGAGUGAAGGAUACUGUAAGAGGUUUAACCUGCCCUUGUGGGAGCGGCUCGACGGGUUUGUCAACUGCAACCUCUGGUUCCCUUACACUAAAUCUGAUGUGCCUGGACGGUUAUACUGCAGCCCCUCUUACUUAUGCUUCAUUUCUAAAUACGACAUCAGAUGUAAAGUCAUCAUCCCCAUGAAGGAAAUAGCAGUAGUUGAAAAGGUCGAUAGCUCAGUGUGUCCGGACGCUCUGCACAUUACAGCUAAGAACAAGAUAACGUUCAUGUUUGGGAGUGUUCCCCAGCGAGACUAUCUCUGUUGUAAGAUAUCAGACUUUCUGCACAACUCUACAGCUACUGAUAGCAUCAAACCUCUCUCACCAACGGAGCGUGGUCUACAGGUCCAGUUUGUAGACAUAAUCUCGCCCAGACAAGCUGUAAAGGAGCAUCUCUGGCAGCUACAUUUCUCUGAGUAUGGUAGAGGAGUCUGUAUGUACCGGACUAAAAGGCUCCAAGAGUUGAUAUCUCAUGGUAUACCAGACAAGCUGAGAGCUGAGAUGUGGUUAAUUCUGUCCGGAGCUAUAUUCGACAUGGAGAAAUACCGGGGAAAAUACGACAUGCUGGUAGAGAAAUCGGGCAAUGUGUCGCCCAUUGUCGCUGAUGAGAUCGAAAGAGACCUGCACAGGUCGUUACCAGAACACCCAGCCUACCAAUCUGAGAAAGGUAUUGACGCUCUGAGACGGGUCUUACUCUCUUACGCCCUCUACAAUUCCAACGUGGGAUACUGUCAAGCUAUGAAUAUGAUAGCCAGUGUGUUUCUUCUGUACGGCUCGGAAGAGGAGUCCUUCUGGCUGCUGGUAGCUGUUGUGGAGCGACUACUUCCUGACUAUUAUAACAAGAAGGUCGUGGGAGCUAUUGUGGAUCAGAAUGUCUUCGAGAUAUUGCUGAAAGAGAACUUACCGGAUUUACACCGACAUCUGGCUAAUCUGGGAGUACUGAAGAUGGUUACCAUGUCUUGGUUCCUUACUCUCUUCCUCUCCAUUGUUCCUUUCUCCUCUGCUAUCCACAUUGUGGACUCCUUCUUUUACGAGGGUACAAAGUUCCUGUUCCAGAUAGCAAUACAGAUCCUGCAAUACAACCAGGCAGCACUACUGGAGGUGCAUGAUGAUGGGGAGGCCAUGCAGCUUCUCACUGAGUUCACAGAGAGCAUCUGCAACAAGGACUCUCCUUUACAGAUACAGACCAUCUCCUCAAAAUCAGUCGAAAUAGGACUCCUAAUCUCAAUGAGUUACCGGAACUUCGGGCACAUCUCAAUGACUCACGUGGAGAACUUACGUAACUCGGAGCGACUCAAGGUAGUACAGUCUAUAGAGGACCAAGAUAAGAGAAGUGUUCUGCGCAGUGUUCGAGGUAUAACCUCAUUUCAACCUCACGAGAUUGACUUCCUCUACCGCAAAUUCCAGGAAUGCCGACGGAAGAUGAGUCAGAGCACAAAAGGAAACAACCACAUAUCGGGGAAGUUUGUAGUGGAUAUGGAGAGGUACUGCGAGCUGUUCACCCAGCUCUCACCCUGGGGUCGAGGCUGUUUGGACAGUGUCCUGGCUGGCAGGUUAUUCGUCGUGUUGGACAGUGACAAAGAUGGGCUAGUGGAGUUCCACGAGACAGUCUUUGGGUUCGACAUCAUGUGCAACGGAUCUCUGGACCAGAAGCUGAAGCUGUUCUACUACAUGCACUUGGAGGAGAGGGAGAGAGCGGCAGUGGUGGAGAAAUCUUACAGCGACCAAAUGGGAGAAAAGCGCGGAAGUGACUGCAGUGCAUACAACAGUAGUGGAGACUCCUGCUCUGACCACGGGUUUGUCUCUCAGAGCUCAACUGACUCGGAACCAGACCCAGCGCUUCUGUCCACCCUAUCUGCGGAGCGACCAGCCCGGUACUGGAAGACAGUGGGAAUCAGGCGGUACCCGAACAUGGCAUCGCAGCUGGUGAGUCUGGUGGAGUCCUCUCACACGCCUCCGAUAAAACAGAAGCAGUUUAUCCAGCUCUGGAAGAGUCUGUAUGGACUGUAUCCAGACGAUGAAGCUAGCGUUAUUGAGAUCUACAGCGCCAUCGGGAGAUUCGGAGCUCAGGUCACCAAGAUGGGAGAAGCUGGUGAGUGGUUGCCAACACCACCAUCUCAACAGAACACAGAGGUUGUCUCCUCUGAAGGAGGUGGAGCCUCGAGUGACACUGAAGUUGGGUAUGAUGCUGUGGAGACUCUUUGCCAACUAUCUGAGGAGAUCACUUUACCGACCAGUUCCGGGCUCAGCUCCUUACAAACAGACAAUCUAAAGGGAGAACAGACAGAACAGCAAUCAGAGGGGGAACAGACAGAAAACUCAGAAGAGGCAGCCGACCUACUUUCAGAAGGUAAAAACGAAACGCCAGAUAAUCAGUCUGAUGAACAUCUCAACUUCAACACCGGUCAAAGAACCAGACCUAAACUCACGCCACAGGCCACUUUAGUGACCAUGGUCAGCUGUAAUAGCAUCCAGGACAAAUCUGCUCCAGCACUUCCCACUAUUGAGACUGGAGUGUCACCAGGAGUGACUAAAAAUAACAAUAACAAUAACAAUAACAAAGGAGCACAGCCUCAUGCUCAGGGUCUGAAUCAGAACAACAAGACAAUAGAGAGUGAGGAGGAGUGGGAGCUUCCUUUUCAAGUUUUAAAUUUCUCCUUGAGAAGUGAACCGGUUAUUUAUCAAUUUUUCCACAAUCAAAGCCCAAUCAAUACGAACAUUAGAUAGCAGCUUAGUAUAAAUAUAGAUGAUGUUUUGUGGGGUAGCGGUUUACAUUAUGAUUUUACUUUCAGCCUAUGAUACGCAUUUUGUAAGUAGGAGGUGCAAUUGCAUACCAUUUUAUAGCCAUACCAUUUGGAACUUUCUAGAACUUACUACUGUUAUAUGCACCACCUCCCCUUACCAAUGGUUAAUCUUAACUGUGACUGGAUAUUCACUUUGUUCAUUGUUUUUUGCUGUGAUUGAUGUUUGUAGAAAGCCUGCACAACUUAGCAAUCGUGUUCCCUUACUUUAAUGACUAAACAUUGAUUAUCAAGCUGCAGACAACCUUUGCAAAAAAAGUUUCCCCUCCCCCAAAAGAUUACUGAGUUAUUGUGCUUACUACUGGCGUGUUUGACAAGUGACAACUUUUUCAUUGUGAAUUGUGUUUUUUUUUCACAAACCAUAGCUGAUUGAUUGUUGGUACACUUUAAUUGAUGUGAACUUUUGUUGAAUUAUGACCUACGAAUUUUUCCAAACGUAGAAGAGAUUAUUAGUGUCAGACAUUUUGUUGGUAAACGUGUUGAUUUGAGAAUUUUAUGCAGUUCUUCUGAACAAUUUUAGAUUAUGUGUCUUUAUAUAAUGAUAUUUCGACAAAAUUUGUUUAAACCCGGGAUUACUGUAAAAGAC